AUGCCGUAUUUCGCUGAUCUACCUAGAGUUGUUAGGAAAGAGAUCACUUGGAUUAACCAUCCUGAGAGUGUAGUCACUGACGAUACCCUCGAGGCUACCGCUUCUCCGGGUAAGUCAGGGUAUAUUCCAGAAGAUAUUCUCAAACCCUCUGAAGAACAGAGAUCUUAUUGGCCUAUCUUCACCGCUGGAGCUGGUCUAUUCUCUGAUGGAUAUGUCGCCAACUCUAUCGGUGUGGCCGCCACAUGUUUCAAGAAGAUCUAUGGCGCCGAUAAAGUCACUGGUUCCAAGGCCAUGAGCAACGUCGCAUCUAUUGCAUUCGUUGGUACCGUGGUUGGACAGUUAUCCUUUGGUUUCGUUUCGGAUUACGUCAGUAGAAAGGUUGGUAUGCUUGUCUCUUCUGGAGGUUUGAUCAUCUUCGCCAUUCUCUGUGCUGGUGCAUGGGGUGUUGGCACCGAGGCCAAAUACGGUGGAAACCCGGGAGGAGUGUUUGCAGCAUUAGCUGCUUACAGAUUUUUCCUUGGUGUCUUCAUUGGUGCCGAGUAUCCAACCGGUUCUGCUGCCUGUGCCGAGGCUUCUGCAUUGCUUCCUGCUGGCCACAGAAACAGAUACUUCUCUUGGUUCACCAACACCAUGAUUGACCUUGGUUUCGUCGUUGCCGCAUUCGUUCCUAUGGUUUGUCUUUGGAUCUUCAAGCCUCACAACCUCCAGCCCGUUUGGAGAAUUACUCUUGGACUCGGAGCCAUCCCACCUUUGUCUUUGUUCUUGCUCAGAUUAAAGUUCAAGGAAGGUGAACAGUUCCGUAAGACCAACUUCAAGCAUGUCAAGGUCCCUUGGGGACUGGUGUUCAAAUACUACUGGUUCAGACUAUUCAUUGUCAUGCUCAUCUGGUGGAUUUACGAUUUCUCCGCUUACGCUUUCGGUAUCUACUCCACCACAAUCUUGGACAUCAUUAUUCCUGAUGGUGACCUCUACAAGACUUUCGGAUGGAACGUUGUGUUCAACUUGUUCUACAUGCCUGGUGCAUUUGCCGGUGCUCUUGUGGCCGACUACAUUGGUCCAAGACUCACCUUGGUGACCGGUGUGCUUCUCCAAGCCAUCUUUGGUUUCGCCAUGGCAGGUGCUCUUCCAACUUUGAAGGAGCACGUUGCCGGCUUCACCGUUUUCUACGGUAUCUUCAUGACUUUUGGGGAGUUUGGACCGGGUGACAACAUUGGUCUUCUCGCAUCCAAGACUUGUGCUACCCCUGUUCGUGGCGUGUACUAUUCGAUCGCCGCUGCUUUUGGUAAGAUUGGUGCUUUCUGCGGAACAUGGGCCUUCCCAGCCUUCCAGGCGAACUAUAAAGGAGACAUGGGUCUUCAAGCGCCUUUCUACCUUGCUUCGUCUUUGGCUAUCGUUUCUGCCGGUCUUGCAUUGUUCUUCUUGCCUCCUGUUGACCAAGAAGCCAUGCAAAGAGAAGAUGUCGAUUUCUUGAACUACUUACAAGAUAACGGCUUUGACAUCAGUCAACUUGGAGACGGACUGCUCAGAGAAGCUCUCAAAGAGAAAGAGAUUGUCCACGAGGACUUUGAGCCAUCUAAAGCGUCUGAUUAA